AUGGCCCAAGAAUCGAAUACGCAAAAUCUCCGCGAACUUGUUCGAAAACGCGCGACAAUUAAGUCUAAAUUAACAGCCUUCGCGAAGUUUUUAGACACAUGUCGCGAACCAGAAACCAUACCUCUUAGCGAAUUAAAGCUCCAUACUGCGCGUCUCGAAAAAGAAUUCGACGUUUUUGAUACGGUUCAAAGUGCAUUAGAAUCGGCAGCAUCUGACGACGAAUACGAAAUUAGGUUAAAUGAACGUACCGAUUUCGAAGAUCACUACUACGGGAUCACAGCCGUCGCGAAAGACAUAAUCGAAAAACACGACAAAAGCAAUAAUCAAAUAGACGGUUUGCCACACGCCCUACAACCUUCUGGUUCGGCUGAGGCAGCCAACUUACAAUCUCCGUUGACAAUUCUAUCCGAAUCACAAAUCAAGCUACCUACGAUGCAUUUGCCAAAGUUCAGCGGAACAUAUGAAGCAUGGCCCGGCUUCGCGGACGCGUUUAAAUCUGCUGUCCACGAAAAUCCAAGCUUCCGCGACGCGCAGAAACUCAUUUACCUAAAAUCUUGCUUAACGGGAAAGGCGGCGGAAAAGGUCGAAUCACUGGAGACCACCGCAGCAAAUUAUUCAGUAGCGUGGGAUAUCUUAGAUAAAUAUUACAACGAUCCAAGCGUAGUCAUUAACAACCGCGUCCAAGCAUUUUUUGAUUUCAUCAUGUUCGUCAUGUUCGCGAUAUAA